UCUUGUAAUCAGCUCGUUAUCUCGUGAUAAGGCGACCCUCCUCGUUCGACCGCAAGUGGUAUAUCUCUCUCCCCAGCGUGCAGCGCCGGCUCCUAGCACAGUCUGUCACCGCAGUCGUUAUAUUCUAGUACGCUGUCUUUUUACAAAUUUCACGGUUCCUUCUAGUUCUUGUUGUUUAAAAUCUCAGUCAACACAGAAGUGCUGAGGGAAGGAAGACACGUUUUAGGAGCGUACAACAUUUCCGCGUGCAGACGACCAUGCCUGAAGCGGAGGAAAUUUGCACGCUCUCCCCUGAGUUGCAGCGCCUUGCAAGGGAGGAGCUGAACGAGGACCCGAAGCGGCGCGAAAAGGACAUCCAGGCGGUGCGGGAGUGGCUCCUGAAGCAGCCCCACCUCAAUGCUCGCACGGACCGACAACUGAUCCUGCGGUACCUCCGAGGAUGCAAGUUCUCCCUAGAGCGGACGAAAGCCAAGCUGGACAUGUACUACACGUGCAAGGGCGCCCUCCCGGACAUGUUCAAGGGAAGAGAUCCUCAAAACCCGAAACUCAGGAGCAUCAUCAAGCUAGGGCUGAUGUUCCCGCUGCCGGGCUACGACUCCGACGGCCGGAAGAUCAUCUUCGGACGGCUGGGCGCUUGGGAUCCCUCAAAACAUAAGCCUGAGGACCUCUUCAAGGCGGCCGGCAUGCUCUUCGACGUGAUGUUCCUCGAGGACGAGCAGAUGACGGUCACGGGCAUCGUCCAGGCCAACGACAUGACGGGACUCACGCUCAAACACGUGGCCGCACUCCCGCUGCCCCUCAUCAAGCGGGUCUCGACCACCUGGCAGGAAGGUUACCCGUUCCGACCCAAGGGUGUUCACUACAUCAACACCCCGCAGGCAUUCGAUGCUCUGUUCAACCUCUUUAAGCCUUUGAUGCGUGAGAAAAUGAAGAAGAGAAUCCACAUGCACGGCAGCAACAUUGACGGAAUGUGCAAGUUCUUCCCGCGUGAGAUGCUGCCGUCGGAAUACGGGGGGUCGGCGGGAACCAUCCAGGAAAUUGCAGACCUGUGGCUUCGGAAGAUGGACGAGCACCGCGCCUGGUUCCUGGAGGACGAGAAGCACACGGCGGAUGAGUCGAGACGCCCCGGCAAGCCCAAGACGACGGCUGAUCUCUUCGGCACCGAGGGCUCCUUCAGGAAACUCGACUUUGACUGAAAUCCUCGUCGGUUCCCUAAGUUAACUUAUUGUAAUCUCUCCAUGCAGAGCGCUGUCCCGUGUGUGUGUGCGUUUUUGUGUAUAAUAUGUAUACGUGGGGUAAAUGUGUAUACAUGUGUGUAUGUGUGUAUCCGUGAGCAUCCAUGUGUACGUACGUAUGUGUGUUUACAAACGUGUGUAAGGGUAGGGGUUAAGAGGGAAGUGCAGAGUGUGUGGGUGUUAACUGAAUGGGCACGGAGAUGGGAGGAGGGAUAGGGAGAGAUGAAACAGAUUGGGGAAAGAAUGACAGAGAGAGAUGAAUAUGAAAGAAGAGUGAGAGAAAAUGCCAGUGGGGGUGAAAAUGACUGAGGGGGUGAGAGUGAGGAGAAAGUGUUAGGAUAGCAGAGGGAUUAAGAGCGGUAGUGAGUGAGUGAGUGAGUGAGUGUGUGUGUGUGUGUGUGUGUGUGUGUGUGUGUGUGUGUGUGUGUGUGUGUGUGUGUGUGUGUGUGUGUGUGUGAGAGAGAGAGAGAGAGAGAGAGAGAGAGAGAGAGAGAGAGAGAGAGAGAGAGAGAGAGAGAGAGAGAGAGAGAAAUACAAAAAGUAUCAUAUCUAUCAGGAUUUGCGGCAACAGAACAACAUAAAAAGGACUUGUUUUCGUGGAACGUUAGCACCGAAAACACCGUCCUUAAGCUCUCUAUUACAAUUACAACUGAUAUAUUAAUCGGUUAAGUUGCACAAUUAUUUUGGAUAUAGACCUGUGUUUAAUGUAGUUUUAAACAAACUUUUGUUCAAUUUACAUUUCCAUUCUGUUACUUUAUGAAUUGAUAUUAUAACAUUCAAGAUUGUAUAUUUCAAAUGAACAGGUUAUGAUAUAACUCAACAGUAAAGUUUUGACGUAUCGAAUAAACUGAUUAUCUUAUAAUACAAUAGCCACGUCGAAUGUUAUAUCAAUAGCUUAUGUUUUAACAUUUAACUUCGAACUGCUGUUUCGAGGCGCAUGGCUUUUGUCAGCUGUUUUCUUCUGUAUCUCCAAGUUUAGUUUAAUCAUUAAUAUUUAUGUAAUCUAUGUAUGUAACUUGUAAUGCAUGCGGAUGUGUAAGAAGUGUGAUCUUUGUAAAUCUCUGUAUUUUUCAAUAUAUAACAUUAUGCAGUA